AUGUUAUCCCUUCCACCAUGGUGGGAAGCGACUGUAAAUUAAAAAUGGCGUCCGCCUUGGAGAAUCUGGAAGCUCAGCUGGAACUCUUUAUCGAGAACGUGCGGCAAAUACGCAUCAUAGUGAGCGAUUUUCAACCCCAGGGACAAAACGUAUUGAAUCAGAAGAUUCAAGGUUUGGUCAAUGGCCUGCAGGAAAUUGACAAGCUGAAGUCUCAGGUUCAGGAUGUCCACGUGCCACUGGAGGUGUUCGAUUACAUUGACCAAGGGAGGAAUCCUCAAUUAUAUACUAAAGACUGCAUAGAGAAGGCUCUGACGAAGAACGAACAGGUGAAGGGGAAGAUCGAUGCCUAUAGAAAGUUCAAGGCGAACAUGCUGGUGGAGCUGACUCGAGUUUUCCCCAACGAACUGGCUAAAUACAGAGCGAUUCGUGGAGACGAAUAGGAUAAAUCCUAGUUUUUAAGGUCCGGAUUGUGACAGACAAAUGUUUCUUUGCAAACGCCUGCCGCACGACGUGUAAUUUACCUUUCUACAAACUUUUAUUAUAUAUUUAUUAAAGAGCGUUACCUGUGUAUGAAUAUUAUCUUCUUGUGCGUGUAUGUAUAUUAAAAGCGUAAAUAUAUGCAAUUUUCUUAAAAAG